GAAGAUUCGAUGUAUCAUUCAUCGAACGUCGUCGCGGUUGUAUCAUGUCAACUGUAAAGGUUUUAACAAUAUUUAUUUAAAAUUUCCAUACGCGCAAUUAAUUAUUCGUUGAUAAAAAUACGUUUUGUCAGUUAUACGAGUGAGUAGUCGUACUAUAAAGGUUGUAAAAGUAUUAUGCUACCUUUGGGUAGCACUCCACCAGUACAGCAAUCGAGCAAUAUGCAGCAACAGGGAAGCAUGACUCCUACGGGAGGAUCCAACAAACCUAGCAGUAGUUUGAAACCGAACUAUACUCUCAAGUUCACUUUAGCCGGCCAUACAAAAGCGGUGUCCUCUGUUAAAUUCAGCCCGAACGGCGAAUGGCUGGCAAGUUCAUCUGCGGAUAAACUUAUCAAAAUCUGGGGCGCGUACGAUGGUAAAUUCGAAAAAACCAUCUCCGGGCACAAGCUCGGUAUAAGCGAUGUGGCGUGGUCUACCGAUAGCAGACUGUUGGUCUCCGCUAGCGACGAUAAAACACUGAAAAUAUGGGAGUUGUCUUCAGGGAAGUGCUUAAAAACACUAAAGGGACACAGUAAUUACGUUUUCUGCUGUAAUUUUAACCCACAAUCCAAUCUGAUUGUGUCCGGGUCGUUUGACGAGACCGUACGCAUUUGGGAUGUACGGACGGGUAAAUGCUUGAAAACCCUGCCGGCCCAUUCAGAUCCGGUUAGUGCGGUACAUUUUAAUCGAGAUGGUUCGCUUAUUGUCAGUAGCAGUUAUGACGGUUUAUGCCGAAUAUGGGAUACCGCUUCGGGGCAAUGUUUAAAAACAUUAAUCGACGAUGACAAUCCUCCAGUUUCCUUCGUGAAAUUCUCCCCGAACGGAAAAUAUAUAUUAGCGGCUACUUUAGACAAUAUGUUAAAGUUGUGGGAUUAUUCCAAAGUGAAGUGCUUGAAAACGUAUUCGGGGCACAAAAACGAAAAGUACUGCAUUUUUGCAAAUUUCUCCGUCACAGGUGGUAAAUGGAUCGUGAGUGGUUCUGAAGACAGUAUGGUAUACAUUUGGAAUUUGCAAACGAAAGAAAUUGUCCAAAAGUUACAAGGGCAUACAGAUGUGGUUCUUUGCACCACCUGCCACCCGACAGAAAAUAUCAUCGCUUCGGCAGCGUUAGAAAAUGAUAAAACGAUUAAGUUGUGGAAAAGCGACACUUAGCCCCAUUUUUUCAACUUCGCUGUAUAAGUACCUCUCGCAAUUAAGUACAACAAAAUUGAAAAAUCUAACGUUAAUUAGUGAUUAAUGUUUCAAUUUAGAAAAUUGCACCAUAAGUCUUUAAUACAUUUGUAUUCCAAUCAGUGUAAUUGACAUUUUCAGUGUUGUUUCAUAAAUAUAGAAUAUCGAUUUUUUA